AUGCUCGGCCUGUUGACGCCUCCCGCUGUAUGCCAAGUUACUUACUGUCCCUUUCCAUUUCAGUCUUUUGUAUUCCCUCUUUUGUGUUCUUUCUUUGCUAUACAGUAUCCUGCUUUGUUUACCCACACCUUUCUUGCCAUCUCUUACGGUCUCUUUCUUCGCUUUUCGAGAAUCAGACUUUGUUCCUGCCUCUUGACGAGAUUUGUGUGAAUUUCCUGAAUACGGCACUGCCCUCCACCCACCUAUUUUUUGAUGCCGAUCCCUGACUGAAG